AUGCGCUUCGUCUCCAGCCUGGUGUCGCUGGUGCUGCCGCUCGCCGCGGUAGCCCACAAGCUGACUACCAUCAGCAACCUCUCCAUCUACGACCCCCCGGCCGACUACAACGACCCCCAGGUCCUGUACGCCCGGCCGCUGGAGCUCUCCGACGGCACCCUCCUAGCGACCUGGGAGAACUACUCCCCGGAGCCGCCCAUGGUGUACUUCCCCAUCUUCAAGAGCACCGACGGCGGAAAGAAGUGGAAGGAGAUCUCCAAGGUCACCGAUCAGGUCAACGGCUGGGGCCUGCGAUACCAGCCAUUCCUGUACGAGCUGCCCCAGCGGUUCGGAAAGUACCCCAAGGGCACCAUCCUCUUGUCGGGCAGCAGCAUCCCCACCGACCUCAGCCAGACCUUGAUCGAAGUCUAUGCCAGCCGCGACAAGGGAUACACCUGGGAGUUUGUUAGCCAUGUUGCCCUCGGAGGCGAGGCUCUCCCCAACCACGGCCUCACCCCCGUCUGGGAGCCCUUCCUGAUGACCUACAAGGAGAAGCUUGUUCUCUACUACUCUGAUCAGCGUGACAACGCCACCCACUCUCAGAAGAUGGUCCACCAGACCACCACUGACCUGAAGAAGUGGUCCGCGGUUGUCGAUGACGUCGCCUACGAGAACUACUAUGCCCGCCCCGGCAUGCCCACCGUUGCCAAGCUCCCCAACGGCGAGUACAUCUACGCCUACGAGUACGGCGGCGAGCCCUCCCAGUCCGCCUACUGGUUCCCCGUCUACUACCGCAUCUCCAAGGACCCCCUCAAGUUCUCCGCGGCCGAGCACCACCGCGUCGACCCCAUCAACGGCGCCACCCCCGCCGGAUCUCCCUACGUGGUCUGGAGCAAGUACGGAGGCAAGAACGGCACCAUCGUCAUCAACGGCGCCUCCAACUCCGAGAUCUACACCAACCAGAAGCUCGGCCACCCGGCUUACUGGAAGAAGUGGUCGGUUCCCCAGCCGAACGCUUACACCCGCGCCCUCAUGGUGUUCAAGGAGGACCCGGAUAUGUUGAUGAUCAUGGGAGGUGGUUACCUGCCCCCGGGCAAGACCAACGAGAUCAGCCUGAGCGUUGUCAGACUCUCGGAGAUCAUGAAGGAGUAG